AUGCGGCAGGGGGGACACUCCAAGCCGCCACGGGAGGGAAACUCCGCCCUGUACACCGCUGUCUGCCGGGGAGACGCCAAUCUUGCGGCGGAGCUCCUGAAGUCGAAGCGACAUGGGCAGCCCGACGGGAGCGCGGCGGCGGCGGCAGGCGCACCGGCCGCGUUAGACUUGGAGGAGCUCUCCCGCGGCUCCACCGCCCUCCACGCCGCCUGCGGGACGUGGCAGUCCCGGAUCGUGGCAAUGCUGAUCGAGGCGGGGGCCGACCCUAACACGGUCAGCCCCAAAGACGGCUACAGCCCUCUCCUGAUUGCCGUGGGCCACGCCGAGGGCAUCGCACCCCUCCACAUGGCCGCCUCGCAGGGGAUGACGGAAAUCAUCCUCGACUUGCUGCGCGCCGGCGCGAACCAGCUGCAGCCCACGCUGGGCAAGUUGCUUGCCCCCAUCCACUACGCCAGCUCCUCCGGUUGCGUGGACACCCUCGAGCUGCUCGUGGAGGGAGCAGCAGCGGCGACGUGCGACGAUUCCUCGCGCGCAAGCUCCUGCUCCAGCUGA